ACCGGUCCAGAUCGCUCGCGGCCUGCGAGAGGCGCUGUUUCCCCGCCGGCGGCCCCGAGUCGCGCGCGCUCCUGCGAUGGCACCUAGUUUUUUCCAGGUUUCCUUUCGCAUGCCAUUUGGCAAUAGCUCUGGGGUUUCUGAAUGUCGUUCUUUUGUGUCUGCUGCUGUUCAAAUGGACUACGUGCCAGGAUUCACAGCAUUGUGUUAGCUGCCCAGACCUCUGGAUGAAGUACGGUGAUCACUGUUACUACUUCUCAGUGAAGGAAAUGAAUUGGACAUCUAGUCGGGAAUUCUGUAUAGCCCAAAACUCAAGUCUGCUUGUGCUUACAGACAAGGAAAUGGCAGAUAAUCUCCUGUUCAAAGAUUUCUUCAAUGAGCACUUUUACUGGAUUGGUCUGAGGAACAAUUCUGGCUGGAAGUGGGAAGAUGGAACGAUACCAAAUAACCUAAGGAUUGUGUCAAACAGCUUGGUACAGAAGUGUGGUACUAUCAAGAAAGGUGAUCUUCUGCAAGCCUCUAGUUGUGAAGUUAACUUACGAUGGGUCUGUAGGAGGCUCUUAUCUGUCCGAUAAUUCCCUAAGAGGAGGGAGCUGGCCACCCAGGUUGGUCAUGAGUAUAAAUUAAUGAAUGCUGAGCUUCCCAGGCUCAGCAUUAGAUGUAAAACUAAUGCAGCCUCCCAAGGAUCAUGGUUUACUACUGGAUUCUCUUUGAAGGAAUUUAGAUAUUACCUUACUGCUUUGAAGCAUUAGGCAGAUUUGCUUCCUUCAUCCCUACCCAUACCAUCUCUGUCAAAAAUGUCCCAUUCUAUGUUAUAUUCUGAGCUGAUCUAAUGAAAACCGCACAGCUAUUACUAAUGGACUAGAGGGUCAUGUGUGUUAGGGGUUGACAUGUUGUUCUUUCUGAUAAUGUAUUUGGAUCCUAAUAGUAGCCCUUUGCAAAAGUUUUAUUCUGAAGAAUAAAGCUAGUAGUGAGAAAAUAAGUUGGGGAAGGUGAACAAGAACAGGAUGAUGCUUUCUGGUUCUCAGCUCGUCACACUUAAAAGACCUAACUUUGAAUUUAGUUUUUCUGAGUAUGCAUCGAUGUGGCUGAGUAAACCAAUGUUUGACCAUAUCUUUUCCUUAUUUAAAUAUGUGAACUGCAUGUUCAUUUCAGUGGUCUGAGAAGGCUUUUUUAGAGGGAAAUUGACAGAAGCAGUUUAUGUGUUUGCUCCCCAAAUUGCUUUAGCUAGUGAAGCCUCAAAAAUAAAAGAAACAUUAUUAUUUCUCUUAGUAGUAUUUGGAUAUAGCUAAGGAGGGAAGGCACUGUUUAAAGGGAUUAAUGGAGACCACGCUUCUGUAUCAUUAUGAUACUGGUUCUAAUCUGUUAACUUGCCUUUCUCUUUCAUCAUUUUUUAGGAACAUGGACUGUAUUUUAUCUAUCAUUGUAUUCCAAACACCUAAAAUAAAUGAGUAUUAAAUAGAUGGGUAAAAGAAAAGAAUUAAAAAAUCGUAUUA